GCCUCCUGAAUUAGAGCCUUAUCUCAGGAAAUCACACUUCUCAUUAUUGGAGUUAAUAGCUCUGCUUCCCCCUCUCUGACAACACUCCUGACUUAAUUUUUUCAUUAUUUCUUGAUUUCCACCCCCCUUUUUUUUGUAAAGAUGAUAUGCUUCAAUAUUCUAUGUGUAUUGAAUAUCUGAGUGCCAACUGCAGUAUUGGCAUGGGGAAAAAGGGAACAACAGUUAAGGACAUGGUCCUGUGAUGUGCUCAACACCAUCAGUUCCCAUAAAGCCAGUGGAAGCUGUUGGGUGUGCAGAGCCUGUCCGCAUCAGAGUUUGAUCCUAAGUUAAGCAUCAAGAAAUUGCUUAAGUUUUUCUGUAUAAUUUCUCUGAGGCAGGACAGUGAUAUAUAUAUCUUGAUGCUUAUAUAUAAAAUAAAAUGGUAAUUUAGUUGUUUUGGGGAAAUGUUUACAAGGAACUUGGAACAGUAAACCAAAUUUUAGGUAAUUUUGAUAACCUUAGCUAGUAAAGAGGAGCUGUAUUCUGAAGAUGAUCCAUUCAGUUUUGUAUCUAAUAUAUUUGAUGUACAUUUCUAUAAUCCCAUCUUCAGGCCAAACCCUGGAAAAGCACACGACAUCAUGGCAAAAGGAUGACAUUAGACUAUGGUAUAGCAAGGAUGGGAAUUCUUUUGUUAAAAGUAGAGAUGGGUGGAGAAAGGCAAUUACAUUUCAGAGGAUUUUGUUACCGUAGAUUCCGCUUAAUAUCAGUCUUGAUUAUUAGCAAUUUCUGGUUAAUGGCGACAUAUUGUCAGCGAUUAAAUCCCCACUUAUCAACAUCAAUGUUAAUGAGAUUCAGCUACUAACAAGAGGCAUGCUGCUUACUAACAACUCUUUAGAGGAGCGGUCCUACCUGUAAUCAGAUUCCUGGCUCUGAGCAUGCACAGCUGAGCACUUAUGUAUAUGCCAUGUCUUCCAAAUAUAUGGAUGUAUUUCUCACCAGUAAAUUCGGUUCUGUAGGCCCUAUGUGAGCCUGGCACUAAGCAAAUGUGAGUAGCUGAGAAGUUUCGUCUCAAAGUUGGUUGUUUCGUUCAUUCUGAAGAACCGCCGUAACAUUUUUACAGGCGCAUGGGAACAGCACAAAGAGGCUGCAAGCAUCAAGACAAUGGAAAGGAGACCGAUGUUGGUGAAGCCCUGGGGCUCUGGUUUCAGCAUAAGCUUGGCCAAGGUGCUCAACUCUCUGGGUUGAUGCUGAAACAGAAAGCGAGUCAGCUGGCAGCAGAGCAGGGGAAGGAAUUCAACCCUGUGGAUCGCUGGUUCUGUUGCUGGAAAGCCCAGCACAGUGUCAUUCAGCGUAGGGAACGCCGCAAGAAACAAGAUGCUGAUCUUCUGGUGGGUAACGAAUGGAGGGUGGAUGCCUUACCUAGCAUUCUAGAGGAGUUCCAGCCUUGUGAUAUUUUCAGUGCUGAUGAGACUAGUGCUGAAAGAGGCCUAGGUAUGCUGAAAGAAGGGCUUGCCGGAAGGAAAAAAGCUACGGGCCUCAUCACGGUGUUGUGUUGCGCAAACCUGGAUGGGACAGAGAAACGGUCUCUUACGGUGAUUGGAAAGAGCAAGUGCCCUCGUUAUUUCCCUAAGGACCACUCAAAGCUGCCCAUGAUCUACAGAAGUUCAGCCAAUGCCUGGAUGACAAGUGUGCUGUUUGAAGAGUGGCUAAAGAACUGGAACAGGGGACUUCAGGACUGCAAUGUCUGCCUGUUUAUUGAUAACUGACCAACUCAUUCAAUUGUAGAGCUGUCACACAUUGUGUUAAAAUUUUUGCCUCUGAACACAGCCUCUGUUAUGCAGCCGAUGGAGAUCGGUCUCGUUAAAAACUUCAAAGGUCACUGCCAUGCUCGUCUUAGUGGACGCAUCAUGGCCUCUCUCUAUCCUGACCCCACAUCUACUAGCAGUGGAUGUUGCCAAAAAAAUAACUGAUGCACUUCAUCUUGCUAAGGAGUCAUGGGCUCCUGUUCUCCUCAAGACUGUUCAAAGCUGCUUCAGAAAGGGCAGGUUUGUAUGAACAACAGAAAAUGCUGGCUUGGGUGGACAUUGAUAUGCUGGCUGACGUUUCAGUUCCUGACAGUCUUAACAGCUAAGGAAUUUGAGGCCAUUGUUGAGUUUGACAGUCAUUUGGAGAUGGAAGGUGAGUUCACUGAUGCCAAACAUUUGGAGAUGGUAGAGGUGUCAAGUGCCUACAGGCUGAGGCACAAGUGGAUAGUGGAUGGGACGAUGAACCUGCAGAGCCUUUGCUUAUACAACAGCUAUGGGCAGCGGACGUUUUCUGCAGAAUAUGCCAGAAUCAUGGCUUUGAGAGUGGUUACGAGGCUGCACGCAAAAUUGAGAAGGAUUUACAGUUGGAGGUGGCAAACUGUAUAAAGAAGAUAACAAUGGACAAAUGGUGUUCUUAAAACAUUUUUUUUAUAUGAAAUUUUGUGCUGCUUUACUCUCACACAUAUGAGGAGCACUAACUGUAAAUACUGUGCAGUUCAGCCUAUAGACAUACUGUAAGUUUUCUUGGGUGCUUUUUAAAUGCUUGUCAUGAUAGAAUUGUGUGCCACUGUAGUCUUUGUGACCUAUAGCAAUCUAAGAUUUCCUACAUCUGCUCUAUGCAUUGUGGUACACUAUACAAUAUAUCCAUUUCUGUAUGUCACCUUUGGUUUUCUUCUUCAGGACAUUGUAUCAAACUGAAAGUUAAUAAACAAUUCAUUGUACAAUGUAUCAUUGUUCCACACUCAUAUUUCUAUGUAUCCCCCUGAAAAUAGUGCCUUCUGCUUAUUGGCAACUUCUGGAAAACAGCAACUUUUCUCUUGGAACUCAGAGGUUGCUAAUAAGUGGAAUCUACUGAAUUUUGAAAUCUGAUUUAGUUCUGAUUUGGGGGAAAAAAACCAUUUUUCUUUCCAAAAGGGAAUGGAGCCAGACUGUCCUGGAACCAUGGACUCUGGGAGCCCAAGCGGCCAGGGAGCUAGCAAGCCUGGGAGAUGGGACUCCGGGGUUCCAGGCUGCUGGUUCCCUACUAGCCUGCCAGAUGGGCUGCUGGGGAGCCAUGAGCCUGGAAGGUCCAGGCUGCUGAGGACCUGGGCUGGUGAGCUGGCAGGAGAUAGGGCAGGCUUCCAAAGGAAACCUGGUAGCCAGGUUUUGAAACCUGCUGGGUGGGCAGUGUUCUGUUAGAAUCUUGAAAUUAAAUAAUCUCUUUGAAACGUUUUGAUUUCAACAAAUCAAAUUCCACCACAAAAAUGUUGUCUGAAUUUUUCUAACCAGUUUCACAAAAAGCCUUCAUAAAAUGUGUGUUCAACCUAAAUGAACAGAAGUGAGAGAAUUACAAAUUAAGGGCUACCACUUCACCUUGGUUUGCUAAUUAGGGACUAGAAACUAGACGCAGUACCUGGACUUGCUAAGUGUUCAUUUUAAAUGUUACUGUAGUUAUUAACCUGGGACCCAUGUGCUCCAUAGGCAGAGUGCUAGCAGGUGAGCUGACAACUACUGUUGGGCAAUUCAGUAGCUUCUAGCAUCAUGCAGCUAAACAUCUGAGAGGGCUUCAUGAACAUUAAUUAAGCCUCAUAACAACUCUGACACAUAGCUAGAAGGGGAAGAAUCUCAAAAAGAAUGGGAAAAGCAAGAAGCUCUUGUAAUGAAACUGCAAAAUAAAUUUCCCAGUUUGGAUAAAGAGGAACUGAAAGAUGUACUUCAAGAACAUAACUGGGUGUUUCAUGAAGCACUGGAGUCUUUAAAAGUAUUUGCAGAAGACCAACAGGAUGUGCAAUAUCCUUCCAAAAGUGAAGUUUCUAGUUGGAACGAAGUCUCCACAAAUAGCAAAAAGCACUAUAAUAAUGACACUAAAGUGAAGGUGAAACAGAAAUCUUCUGCAAAAGCUCAGAAUGGCUUUAGGAAAAAAGAUAAAGGCAAAAAAGGUGUUUGGAGGACUAAAAGAGAAACAGAAGAUUCAGAAUACGAGUCAGCUUCAGAAGGUGGUAGCUCCCUUGAUGAGGACUACAGCAGUGGUGAUGAAGUGAUGGAGGAUGGUUACAAAACUAAAAUAGUUAGCUUCCUGCAAGAUGCUUCACUAGGUGAACUCACUUUGAUUCCUCAGUGUUCUCAGAAAAAGGCUCAGAAGAUAACGGAGCACCGGCCCUUUAAUAGUUGGGAAGCUCUGUUUACAAAAAUGAGUAAGACAAAUGGAUUAUCAGAAGAUAUUAUAUGGAACUGCAAAAUAUUGCUCAAAGAGAGAGACGUGGUUCUAAAACUCAUGAACAAAUGUGAAGACAUUUCAAAUAAAUUGACAAAACAAGUUACCAGGAUCACUGAAGAUGGAGGAUGCGGAUGGAAUAUAGAGCAACCUUCCAUUCUGAAUCAAAGUAUGGAACUCAAGCCCUAUCAGAAGAUAGGUUUGAACUGGCUAGCGCUACUGCAUAAACAUGGAUUGAAUGGUAUUUUAGCUGAUGAAAUGGGUUUAGGAAAAACAAUACAAGCUAUAGCAUUCCUGGCAUACCUCUACCAAGAGGGUGAUAAAGGUCCUCAUUUGAUUGUUGUGCCAGCUUCAACUUUAGAUAACUGGAUAAGAGAGGUUAAUCUGUGGUGUCCUGCUCUUGAUGUCCUUUUUUAUUAUGGAUCCCAAGAGGAUCGUAAGCAACUCAGAAUUGACAUUAAUAAUAAAGUUGUAAAUUUCAAUGUGAUUGUGACCACGUAUAACUCUGCAAUUAGCAGUGCAGAUGACCGUAGCCUGUUUCGCCGUCUGAAGCUUAACUAUGCAAUCUUUGAUGAAGGUCACAUGUUGAAGAACAUGGGUUCUGUACGCUACCAGCACCUAAUGACAAUUAACGCAAAGAAUCGUCUGCUGCUAACAGGCACUCCAGUUCAAAAUAACCUGUUGGAAUUAAUGUCUCUAUUGAAUUUUGUCAUGCCACAUAUGUUCAGUGGUAGCACCAGUGAAAUCCGGAGGAUGUUCUCUUCAAAAACAAAAGCUGCUGAAGAACACAGUAUAUAUGAAAAGGAGCGGAUCGCUCAUGCGAAGCAGAUCAUAAAGCCAUUUAUCUUGAGAAGAGUAAAGGAUGAGGUCCUUAAACAACUACCCCCCAAAAAAGAUCUUAUUGAGUUGUGUGAUAUGUCAGAGAAACAGGAACAGCUGUACUAUGACCUCUUCAACAAACUAAAGAAAUCUAUUGACAGCCAGGAAAAAAACUCAGAAAUGGGCAAUGUCAUGAUGCAGCUGAGAAAAAUGGCAAAUCAUCCUCUCUUACACCGCCAGUAUUACACAGCUGACAAACUGAAGAUGAUGUCAAUGCUUAUGCUCAAGGAACCCACGCAUUGUGAUGCCAAUCCUGACCUCAUCUUCGAAGAUAUGUCUGUGAUGACAGAUUUUGAACUGCAUUUGCUUUGUAAACAGUAUGCUAGUGUCAGUGACUUUAAGUUAGAGAUGGAUACAGUUUUGGAUUCUGGAAAAUUUAGAACACUUGAGCGCAUCCUCUCUGACCUUAAAGAAAAGGGUGAUAGAGUUGUAUUGUUUAGCCAGUUUACUAUGAUGCUGGACAUUUUAGAAGUUCUCCUAAAACAGCAACAGCACCGAUAUAUUAGGCUGGAUGGAAAGACACAGAUUUCUGAAAGAAUACAUCUGAUAGAUGAAUUCAAUACAGAUAUGGGUAUUUUUGUAUUCCUGCUUUCGACCAAAGCUGGUGGCCUAGGAAUAAAUUUGACUUCAGCAAAUAUUGUUAUUCUUCAUGACAUUGACUGCAACCCUUACAAUGACAAGCAAGCAGAAGAUCGAUGCCAUAGAGUAGGUCAGACCAGAGAAGUACAAGUCAUAAAGCUAAUCAGUAAAGGGACUAUUGAGGAGUCUAUGCUCAAAAUCAGUCAGCAGAAGUUGAAGCUAGAGCAAGAUAUGACUGCAGUAGAUUUAGGAGAAGAAGGGACCAUUCCAGCAGAUAUAGCCACAUUAUUAAAAACUUCAUUAGGUCUGUAAAAUGUAAAUAAAAUAGCUGUGGAUUUUAUUGGCGAGAAAAAGGCAAUGUGGUACACCCAUGGACUUUUACAUUACUGGUGACCAUAAGUUUUAUGAACAUUUAUAACUUUUUGUAAUUCCUUUCCUGUAUUUCUCAUGGUAUUGAAGAUUUUUAACACUGAUAGAAUUCUCCAGAUGCUUGAAAACAAAAUGUGUAAAUGCCACACACAUAUGUAGUGCAUAAAAUGUUGAAUAAUCCAUAUUUUACAAAGCAGUUUUAAAAAUGGGGACCUAGUUAGUAAUGACUUUACCAGAUCUGCUAAUGCUUAAGAUUUGUCAGUAUUUUUGUAAUUAUUUCUACCUCCCAAAUAUAUAUAAGAACUGUCUGUUUCACUGGAUAAUGUGUGUAGAUUUUUUUUUUUUACAUGUGCCUUAUUUGACAAUGCUCAUGUCUGUUCAUGCUUGUUUUUGUUCAUUUGAAGUACUGUACUGUUUUUGUAUCAACUUGUUCAAAUAAAAUUGUCUAGAUGA